AAAGAGACGGUUGCCAUCUUUGGUCACGCUCAGGUUGAGCACUUGCAUCCAACUUUCUUGAAAAAGACCAACAUCAAUUCUUUUUUGGGCCUAGGGUUAGGGUUUCAAUUCCUUUCUCCCUCAAUUUCAAUUAUCAAGGAGUGGUGAACAUCAAUCUCCUCCCCCGCCGUGCUUUGGACGGACAACAUGGGAGGUGAUGACGCUGCCGCUGAGAGUGCCACCACAGAGCGGAACGCCGCAAACGAAGUCAACAUCAACAUCCGCUGUUCCAAUGGUUCCAAGUUUUCCGUUCAGAUUGGCCUCGAUUCCACCGUCAGAUCCUUCAAGGAGGCGGUUGCUCACAAUUGUGAUAUAUCCUCUGAUCAACAGCGCCUGAUUUACAAGGGUCGGAUCCUCAAGGAUGAUCAACCCCUCCAAAGCUACGGUUUGGAGGCUGAUCACACUGUCCAUUUGGUUCGUGGUUUUUCUCCUUCUAACACCACUGGUGGGACUAAUAGUGGUGGUGGCGGUGGUGGAAAUACCACAACUGCCAACACGAGAGGUGCUGGUGCUAAUGAGGGUGGGGGUUUAGGAGGGCCAGGAUUUGGAGCUUCACCGUUUCCUGGACUUGGUGGUAACAACGGGAUGGGGGGCGGUGGCCUCAAUGGCUUAUUUGGAGCGGGCUUUCCGGAUCUUGAACAAAUGCAGCAACCAUUUUUGUCAAAUCCCAAUUUAAUGAGAGAUAUAAUGAACACACCUGCUAUGCAGAAUUUAAUAAAUAAUCCAGACAUAGUGCGGAAUCUUAUAAUGAAUAACCCGCAGAUGCAAGAGCUAAUGGAUAGGAACCCUGAGCUGGCACACAUACUUAAUGAUCCCAGCACUCUUCGUCAGACACUCGAAGCUACAAGGAACCCUGAGAUCAUGCGCGAAAUGAUGAGGAAUACAGACAGAGCAAUGAGCAACAUUGAAUCUUCUCCUGAGGGAUUUAACAUGCUGAGACGCAUGUAUGAAAAUGUUCAAGAACCAUUUUUGAAUGCCACUACAAUGGCUGGUAACACUGGAAAUGAUGCUGCAGCAGUCAGGAACCAAUCCACUAAUCCCUCAACUACUAAUUCUGAAGCAACUUCCCCUGUACCCAAUACGAACCCACUUCCUAAUCCGUGGUCCUCAACUGGAACUGGAGGAGGAGGCCAAACUAACACCAGAAGGUCAACUACUACUGGUGGGGACGCCCGACAGCCGGCACCCACUGGCCUAGGAGGGCUUGGACUGCCAGAUCUUGAAGGCAUGAUGGGUGGGAUGCCAGAUACUGCUAUGUUGACCCAGUUAAUGCAAAACCCAGCCAUUUCACAAAUGAUGCAAAGUAUCCUUUCCAAUCCACAGACCAUGAAUCAGAUUCUUGGGGUCAAUAAUGAGCAGCGUGGCAUGCCUGAUUUAAAUUCUCUAAGGGAGGUGAUGCAAAACCCAGAGUUUCUACGCCUGUUUUCCUCACCUGAGACACUGCAGCAACUCUUGUCUUUCCAGCAAACACUUCUGUCUCAGCUUGGUCAGCAACAAUCAGCACAGGAACCAGGUCAAACAGGUGGAGGCACUGGACCAUUGAACAACAUGGGGCUGGAGAUGUUAUCAAGCAUGUUUGGUGGACUUGGAGCUGGUAGCCUGGCUGUUCCUAACAGAUCAAAUGAGCCACCGGAGCAAUUGUAUGCCACCCAACUUUCUCAGCUUCAAGAGAUGGGGUUCUUUGACACGCAAGAGAACAUAAGGGCUCUUAUUGCUACAUCAGGGAACGUACAUGCAGCAGUUGAGCGGCUUUUGGGGAACCCCGGACAGUAGCAGGUGGUAGGGACACAAGACUAGCAAUUAAAUCCCAAACACUAGAAUCUGGUGUGAGAUAUUUGUCCAUUUAGCUUUGAUUUUCGUCAUGGAGUUAUGUUCAAACAAAUCUAUUGAUUUUUUUUUUCAUUUUACAUGAUAUCCAGAGUUUAGUAUUAUAUCCAAUGCUCAAAUAUGCAAUGAUUAAUUAUACCUUCAGCUACAAGAAAGUACAAAGCCUUUUGUACCAUAUACAUGUAAUUCUAACUUGCCUGUUUGCAAGGAUUGGGUUCAUAGAUACAUUCAAAAGAAGGGGUUAUAUUGGAACAUGAAUUUAGAUAUAUAAUUAUGAACUUUUUGUUUGUCACUGUAGUUGUUAAUCUUGUUGUAAAUUCCGUAACAAUAUUAAUGACUCGUGGCAAACAAAUCUUUAUAAAUAAA